UCUUCCCGAGAAGAAGCGGAGGAUCGGUCCAGCUCCAGCUCCGCGAUUCAAGCACAAAAACGAUACAAUAUUAGAGGCUUUCUGGACAGUGUCAGGGGCAGGGAAUAACGAUGGAAGAGUCUACAGCUCCCUCUAAAUCCUACGCCGUCGCAGGUGCCGAGGCAGGUGCCGAGGGGGGGGAGGGUGUGUCAGUUCCCCCCCUUCCUGAGUUUGAGGCCUCCGGAGCUUCUGCGGUAGUCAGCUCAGCCUCUCUGCAAGAGGCGUCGGGCCUGGCACCGUUCCUGGUGGCUCCUGUCCCAGCGAACCGGCGCGCGGCGAGUUUGAGGCCCGCUCCAGCCGCAGGGGGCGGAGCCAGGUCUGCUCCGGAGCGCAACAGUGGCAGCUGGACAAAGCAGAUCCUCUGCAGGUAUUAUCUGCAUGGGCAGUGCAAGGAGGGCGAUAACUGUCGCUACUCUCAUGACCUUUCUGGGCGGCGGAAAGCUAGGAGGGGCCAAGAUUCUCAGCCUCGGGCCUCUGCAGACAGAGGGCCCAAGAUGGCCACUCAGUGGGAGCCCCCGACUCAGGAAGUGGCAGAAGCCCCCCCUACUGCAUCCUCAAGGUCCUUGCCUCUGAUUGGCUCGGCGGCUGAAAGGGGCUUCCCUGAAGCUGAGAUUGACAAUGCAGGCAUUGGCUCAGCUGCUGAAAGGGGCUUCUCUGAAGCCGAGAUUGACAAUGCAGGCCUUGCAGCAGGUGCUGCGGGAGGCGCGGGUGCAGAAGGCUGGGAGGGGGCGAUUGAGUUUGUUCCUGGACAGCCUUACCGAGGUCGCAUGGUCCCCCCGCAUGGUCCCGAGGCUCCCCUGCGGAGCCCAGAAAUUGAGAGAGAGCACAUGGCUAUGGGCAUGGGGAUGCCGCUGCCGCUUUGCCGCUAUGCUGCCAGGGGACAAUGCCUCCGUGGGGACAGGUGUGCAUACCCCCACGGAGAAAUAUGCGACAUGUGCGGGCAGCAGGUCUUGCACCCUUGGGAUGCGGCCCAGCAGGAAGCACAUAGAAGGGCCUGCGUUGAAGCACACGAGAGAGAUAUGGAACUCUCUUUUGCUGUGCAGCGCAGCAUGGACAAAGUGUGUGGCAUCUGCAUGGAGGUUGUCUAUGAGAAAGCCGACCCCAGCGAUCGCCGCUUUGGCAUCCUUUUCUGCUGCAACCACACCUUCUGUCUUAAAUGCAUCCGCAGGUGGAGAAGUGCCACACAGUUUGAGAACAGGAUCAGUAAGUCCUGCCCACAGUGCAGGGUCUCCUCUGGCUUUGUCAUUCCUAGUGAGUUCUGGGUGGAGGAGGAAGAGGAGAAGGAGAAACUUGUUCAGCAGUAUAAGGAGGGUAUGAGCCAGAAAGACUGCAGGUAUUUUGCCGGAGGCCUAGGGCACUGCCCAUUUGGAGAAUUUUGUUUUUACAAGCAUGAAUACCCCGAGGGCUGGAGGGAUCAGCCUCCAAGGCCAGAUGGUGGUGGAUCCUCAAGCGCCUACUGGCAUCAAGUUUUGGAGCCUGUGCAGUUGCGAGAGGGAAAGGUGCUGUUUAAAAGCCGCAAAAAGGAGCUUGCCGUGCUUCGCCUGGCUAAUCAGUUGCUUAAGAAGUUGCUUUGCCUGAGAGGCAGUUUUUCCUUCUCUGAUGAUCGGUGGCUCUUUCUUCAGUACCAGCUGGAAGAAUAUUUCAACUUGAAUCUGUAGUAUCUUGCUGUGGCAUGUAGUCUAGUAUGCUAAAGCUCUGUUGUCUGCUGUUGCUUAUUUCCCUUUAUUGACUGACAAACCUAUUGCUUUAAAGGCUAUUGAAGCAAUCUUUAUGCAGUAUUGCUGUUUUUUCCUCUACUUCCCAUUUCUCACUAGAAUUGUGAUGUUUCUCUGUGUUACAAAGUAACAAAUCUCAAAAGUAUUGUUUGGUGAAAUUACUAUUUCUGUCAGCUAAUGACUUGUGGUGUCUUUUUCCAACAGAAUUCAAUCACUUCUAGUCUAGUGUUUACAGUUUUUCAUUGUGAAGUCCCUUAAGAGUAAAUGUGACAAGGUGACAAAAGUCUUUAACUGAAUUAUGAGCUUUUUGCUAUAUAGCCUUAAAAAAAAAAAUGGACCCUUACAGGGCCUUGCAGCUGCUGUCUGUGUUUGUUUACAUGUCUGUUUCUUCCCUUAUCUUUCAAGUGCACUUGUUGACUUGUGGUUAAUUUGUGAUUCUGUUUACUUGACCAAAAUGAGGUGCAUAUGUUUACAUGUUUUUAUCCUGUUUGGCUUGAUGUGAAAUUAUUUAUAUUUGGAAAUAUAUAUUUAAGAAUAAUAUAUAUAUGCGUAUAUGUACACAAAGAUGUAUUUGGAAAAAAGAAUAAAUAUGGAAUAAUUAUGGAAAAAAUAAACACCAUAAUAUAUAUGUUUGAAGUAAUGAAAUAAAUGCAGAACUGAAAGCCUAAUGUUAAAGUCUAGGUGUAUGGGCUCUGUGUGAAUUGUGUGGACAAUUUUUCUGCCCCUGCACUGAUGUCAGUGAUUAGCGUCUAAUAAAAAUGACUGCUAUGUGUAUUGGACUCUUUUUAAAGGACUUAUAAAACAUUGGUGAUUCCUAUGAUAACAUUAGCAGCUUUUAGCUGUUACAGUCACAAAAAUGCGCCUCUAAAUGUUGUCAC